GUGUAAGCACGGCAGCCACUUUCGUUUUGUUGCUAGCAGCCUAGUAACGUGAGGAAUUGGGGUUAGAUUUGGGACACAGCCCACACCGCAGCCACUGAGUGAUCAGGUUUGUUUUCUUCGCAGAGGAUUAGAUCGGAUUUAUUUCAAAUCUAACACCACGAAGUGCCUGAAUUCCAGCUGUUGUGAUUCAGUGUGUUGUUUAUCUUAAAGCUACAUCCAAGCCUUUUCCCCUGCAUGUGUGGCUGUGACUGGCUUUAGAUCAAUCUUUACAGCCUGCAUGGGGAGCACACACUAGCCUCCAUGACAAUCUUCACUUUCACACAGGACAUAUUUAAGGCUGGAGAUGAUUCUCAGUUGUUCUUCUGGAUGCUGAUUAACACCCUUGAAAUAACUGACCUCACUUCACAUCUCUGAGGUCUGGUAUUGUACAGCUCAUGCAUGAAUCAGAUCUGUGUCUAAUGGAAUUAAAUAUUACAGAUGAUGUAGAGACUAUCAAGCCAACACAGUAAUGUCCUCAUGCCUUGGUUAAUUUGCACCAAGGAUCUGAUGCUGAUCGCGUGAUGCAGCUCCACGUAUGAAAACCUGGACAGAGACGUCACUGAGAUGACGGGUGAAAGCUUGUACUCUCACGAAGGUAUUAAGGAAGAGGACACGCAGGAACCAGAGACGCACUCGGAGCCUCCUGGUUCCGAGGCACGUGGGACGCCGGAACACCACGCAAAUCUGACCUGUGACCCCGCCACACGUUUUGACAGGCGCUUCUGUAAAGGAGGACCGGAUAAACCGUAUACAUGCCAGAUUUGCAGCAAGACGUUUGUCACCUCGUCACACCUGGCGCUCCACGUGUGCGCACGCACCGGUGAGAGGAAGCACGAGCGCAGCAGGUACAGGUGCAGGAAGCACACGUGCGCCAAGGUGUUCUCUCGGCCGUCCCAGCUGGUGCGCCACAUGGCCGUCCACGUGGGCGAGAAGCCCUUCAAGUGCCCGGAUUGCGGCAGGUGUUUCGGACGUGGGUCGCACCUGGAGACUCAUCGGCGGCUCCACACGGGCGAGAAACCCUUCAAGUGCGGCGUGUGCGGCAAGUCGUUCACGCAGAAGUCCGGCCUCAUCGUACACGUCAGGAAGCACACGGGCGAGCGGCCGUACAAGUGCGACAAGUGCGGCGAGGCGUUUCGUACCGCCGCUCACCUCCUGUCCCACCAGGCCGUCGAGGCGGGAGAGGGCCGGCACACCUGCGCCACGUGCCGUAAAAGCUUCAGGACUGUUUCAGCGCUUAGGCAGCAUGAGAAGAUUCACAGAGAUUCACAUGAUUCACUCACGCACACGUGUAGCGUGUGCUGUGCUGCUUUCGUCUGCACGUCUGAACUGCACAACGAGCUCCGUGACACCGAGUCGGCCGUGCGCGUCUUUCACUGCAGAGUCUGCAGCGUCGUUUUCACGGACAUGGACGCCUUCGAGAAUCACUGCGAGAAGCACCAGAGAGAGAAAAGUGUUUACGGAGUAGAGGAAGACGAGCUGGAGGAAGAUGAGGAAGAAGAAGAGGUGGGAAAAAGAAAGAACGACGCUCGAGACCCGCCGUUUCGGCCGCACGUGGCGACUUCAGCGACGCGCUACACGUCUGAGGUCAGCACACGCUCCAAAACCAGAGCCAGGAGUACCACCGAGGGAGUGAACUGACUUUUUAUGUACGCGUGGCUCACAUUUCUUGGCUUUUAUUCUUAUGCUCCUUUUAUUUAUUUCUGUAUUUAUUUACAUAUUUAUUCCUUUGGCCUUCAGCGUGUCACAGAGGAACCGUUCGACCAAAAUAAAAUUUACACAACGUACCUGUUACCUCAAAAGCGCCCAUGGUUCAGCGGAGACAUGUUUAGUGUCAGUUUACACCGAAGGUUAGUUUUGCGCUACGGCGUUACUGUGGUUCAGCGAGUAAUAAAAUCUCACAGCCACCAGCUUAGCAGUGUGUUCGAACGUUUGAUUUGCAUAUGCAAAUUAAGUGUCGGUUUUCUUUGUUUGGAUGAAGGUGAGAGUUACGUCAGAUCCACAUCAGCAAGUCUGUGCUAAUGACUAGGCUACACGCUCGUUACCUGUUAGCGUCAUAGCUCCAGCGCAAAUCCGAAGAAGCUCAUUUGAAUUCAUACACCCACACCGAACACACCCCGGGUGAUCGACUCCGGUUUCCUCCCUCAGUCCGAAGACAUCCAGGGUAGGCUGAUUGGCGUGUCCAAAGUGUCUGUAGUGUAUGAAUGGGUGUGUGAUUGUGCCCUGUGAUGGAUUGGCACCCCGUCCAGGGUGUACCCCGUCUUGUGCCCCUCGACCCUAAAGGAUGCGCGGUACGGACGGAUGGAUGGACGUACCGCUUGAGGCUUACAGGCGACUCUUGUACAAAAAAAUGUUUGCUGUAAAACUGUCAGCACUUUGAAAGAACUUUACAUUUGUGCUCUGAUCAUCAAUGUGGAGGUUUUAUUGGAGUGAUUUUUGUGUGUGUUUAUAAUCGUUCUUUCUAAUAUAUGACCAGCAUGUCGUGUCGUACAUGCAGCACAGCAGUAGGUGAUGUAGCGUAUCUAAACAGAUCUGUAAGUCAUUGUUUGCACACGUAUCGCGUAGGUGUUUGCCAUAAAGUGCGUUUCGUGUUGUUCUUGCUGCAGUAAACACUACACAUUUUGAUUCAAAGCUAUGUUGUGCUUCGCUUAUUUAAAUAGAACAUGCGUGUUGUUAUGUGUAUCAUAUUGUCAUUCGUUAUUCAAGAGAUUUAUAUAGAUAUAUAUUUGUUAUUGAAUUCAGUAUAAAUCCAUCGAAUCAUAUAAUACGGCGUUGUUUAUGUUCUCUUCAGUCAGGACGAGUCUGACUGAACUGAUUUAGAUCAAAAACUGGUUUUGGGUUUUGACCUUAAUCUAUAUGUCAUUUGGGGCGUUUCUGCCUAAAAGUGUCAAAUAGUAGGCGGAGUCAGUACAAAUAGAGUAAUUUAUCACGCUUUACAUUAGGAUGUAGAAAGUAAUGGCACUGAAUGGCAAGUAUUAGAUUUGUUUUUGCCGACAAAAGAUAAAAUAAAACCAUUAUUUUGUUAAAGUGCUUUUAAAUGAUGUUUUAGUAUUUACUUAGUAUUAUAAGAAAGUGUGUCGAAAAUGAUGGCUUAUUAUUACCGCUGUAAUGUUGGUUUAUAUUCAGUAUUCGCCACAUUCACACGUCCGACAGCAUUUAAAGAGCUCUCGCACACACACACUCGCACCGUCUAGACUCGUAUUUUGUCUCCGUAUUGUAUUUUAUACACGUAUACACGUCUCAUGAUGUUCAAUUAUUAUAUUCGACACGUACACAUUCAGUUUCAGUCCUUCAGAUGUCCGAACAAUUACGAACGUAAAUAGAAACGCUGAUUUAGAAACGAACAUCGAGCCCAAAGUGUGUUGUGAGUGAAGGAAGGUUUAAACCACACGACUGCGAGAGCCACUGUUUUUUUUGGGUUUUUUUUAAACAUUUUAUUUUUCUCUUGAGGCCUAACGUACACAGUCGAGUCCAAAUACUCAAGAGUCCGUGACGAAGAACUGUUUUUAUUUCAUCAGUUCAGAAAAAUUGAGUACAUACAUCGCUUAUGUCAGUAUAAAACCGUGUGUUUCGAUUGGCUGAGAGCAGAACGCAUCAUAAGACGUUACACACAUAACUAUCUAUUGAACAUAUUGAACUAACGGAGUCAAUUUCAGGAAUUAACAUUGUGUUUUGCACUUUUUUUGUCAGCAAUAUUUAAAAAAAAAUAAAAAAAAUAUCAGUUUUUAGGCUAAGGGAGUAAAUAAACCAACGUAGACAGUCCAGCAGGAGUGCGUCAGCGCUGUACUGCGUGAAUCCUGAGCUGAGAGUCACCUCCACAUGGGGAAACGCUUUGUCUUCUCCUGUUUAAAUAAAAAACACCAAAGAGUAACGAAACAGGUUUAAUUUAAAACACAGAAUUAAGAUUUUAUCUUACUGUAACAGUAGUAUCGUAAGGUUCUGUCUUUUUAAACAUCUAUAAACAAAUAUUUGUAUUGACAUAAAAAGAUUCAACAACUGAACAAGUUUCACAGACGUUUGAGGAACAGAAAUAGAAUAGUCCCUAAUAAUGAGUCCCUAAAUAAAGCGGAGGUCGAUAUCAGAAGGAACAGUCAGUAUUGUCUCUGCUUUCUGGCUGGUUUAAGACUAAAAUUUUCAGCGUCCUGAUGUAUAAUCAUUAAAGUCCAACAAACCCUGUUUGUUUUCCUGUGCCUGUGUGGUGUAGUGGUUAGAAUUCAUGGUUGUGUGGUGGUGGUUGUUUGUGCAGGUUCGAGCCUCCCUCUUGGCAGGCGAUGCACUUUUAAAGAAUAAAAGCAGUGUGAAGCAGUAUGAAGGUGGGAUGGAAGCAUGCGCAGGUAAGAGACUCUGUGGCUCAAAUGGUUGAGUCGUUGCCUCUGUGGAUCAGAAGGUGCUUGGAUCAAAACCCAACAAGAGUUCUCAGCUAACAGGCAUGUGUGUAUGAGGGGAGGGGUAUGUAGGCUGGAGUGAGGAGAGUGUGGGUUAGGCUGAGGAGUGUGGGUUAGGCUGAGGAGAGUGGGGGGGAGAGAGGGAUGUGCACCCAGGGAAGAGGUUAAAAAAAAAAGUGUGAGAGGGGUGCACUUAGGAGGAGAGUGUGGGUUAGGCUGAGGAGUGUGGGUUAGGCUGAGGAGAGUGGGGGGGAGAGAGGGAUGUGCACCCAGGGAAGAGGUUAAAAAAAAAAGUGUGAGAGGGGUGCACUUAGGAGGAGAGUGUGGGUUAGGCUGAGGAGUGUGGGUUAGGCUGAGGAGAGUGGGGGGGAGAGAGGGAUGUGCACCCAGGGAAGAGGUUUAAAAAAAAAGUGUGAGAGGGGUGCACUUAGGCUGAGGAGAGUGGGUUAGGCUGAGGAGAGUGGGUUAGGCUGAGGAGAGUGGGUUAGGCUGAGGAGAGUGGGUUAGGCUGAGGAGAGUGGGUUAGGCUGAGGAGAGUGGGUUAGGCUGAGGAGAGUGGGUUAGGCUGAGGAGAGUGGGUUAGGCUGAGGAGAGUGGGUUAGGCUGAGGAGAGUGG